CUGUUUACAUAUUUAACAUAUAUCUCAGGUAAACUUACUUCAGAUAUCUCUAUGUCACAGUUAACGUGAUGUUUGCUUUAUUUAUAGCUGCCAAAGUCGGUUUAUCACAGCGAGCAGCUGAAAGCUUGACUUGUCUUUAAAGAACUUAACUCGUGAACUUCUUGGAAUCGCAGCCUGGAGAUUUUAUGUGACGCACAGUCGAGGUCAGUGAUGCUCCACCAUCAGGACCAACCUCGUAACUACGGAGGCCAGGGAGGCACAAACAACACAUCUUCCUCCUCGCUUCGAAACAGGAAGUGCGACAAAGACGGCAACUUCAACUUCCUGCCAGGUAAGGAUGAAGAGGACUUCACGGGCAGUGGAGGAGGAGACGAGAACCGAAACCAGGUGCGCCCACGUAGUUUGGGCCCGCUGGGUCGCGACCCUCCAAACUCCUCGCCGUCGUCUGCAUAUCACAACUCCAGUGGGACGCAGCGACCCAGAAUGCCCUGCUGGAGUCCACUGGAGCCCCUGCCCGAGAUCGAGAGUGUGGACGACGGGUUCGGUCGGGUUCCCCCAGAUGGAGCAGAGGAAGGGAGGAUGGAGGAGGAGGAGGAAGUCAUGAUGAGGAGGCUGAGUGAGAUGAAGCGGCGGGAGAAGAAACAGCCGCAGAUGAAGAAAGGUGGCAUGGUGUCCAGAGGAAAAGAGGAAGAAGUCGACAUCCUGAAGCUGGAAGAUGAUGACGAAUGGGGAGACAGUGACUCUGGGUCUGAGGACAGCUACCAGUCCGGCAGCAGCAUGUCCUCCCUCCACUUGGAGAGCACAGGAGACAGGGUGCUGAUGGGAGGAUGGGACCGCGUCGGAGUUGGUGAACCAAAAUUGAGCCCGCAAGAUGGCGACCAGUGCACAAACACCAGCAGAGAAUGGGUCUCACGACAAAGCUUCAGCCAAAAGUCACUGGCUGGAAGCUUCCUGGGAGACCUCACAGAGGAGGGAAGAGGACCAGGAGACGACGAUGACCAGUCUUCAGACACAGACGGCGAGAAGUCAGAGCUGAUGGACGCCGUGUGGACGCUGCGAGACCGCGAGCGAUUCAAGGCCCAGGAGAUGGAGAAGCACCAGGUGCAGCUGACCAUGUACCGCCGCUUGGCACUGAUCCGCUGGGUGCGCACGCUACAGAGCCACGUCCAGGAGCAGCAGAACCGCCUGCAGUCCAGUUUCGACGUCAUACUCACGCACAGGAAGGAGCUGCUGCGCAUGGGCGCCGCCGCCGCCGCCAUGGCAAACGCCGCUCCCCCCACUGCUGUCGGACAAUGAUGAACAGAGAGAGAAGGGGGGCGAACUGAAAGACUGGAAGUUGUUAAAACAGCAUUUUUGCUGUGUUUGACUCUUACCUGAAGACAUUUUCCCUCACCCCAUCAUCCACUUUAAAGAUUCACAGUCAUGUUGUUGAUUGUUAUGAUGCAGAAACCUGAGUUUUUGUUGAAUUUCUGUACAAACAUUUAACUCGUCUUUAUUCAGGAAGACUCGCACUUUUUGUUGCUGUUGAUGUUAUUAUUCAGGCUCUGUCAGGCAGUACUAUCAGACCUGACUGAGGGAGCGCUAGUG